CGCGCUACUUCUUGAAUUCGAAAGUAGAAAGGUUUGCAUGAAAAUGACUAAUGCUGUGUGGGCUAUUUCCGUAAAGUCAGAAUGAAUUGUAUUUCAUGAAUGCCAAAAUGUCACUCUAUAAAGUAACUAUGGUUAGAAAAAUGAUGCAAGGUGAAGUUACUUAAGCAAGCAUCAUAAUUGGUGUUGAUGUUUACAAUGGAUGAUAAAAGAACACUACAGCCCCUGACACCGGACCUUCGGUCCCUCCUUAGGACGGGCGUGGCAUUAACUAGCAUGGUGCAGUGUGUGGAGGAGCUUGUACUUAACUCAAUAGAUGCAGGUGCGACAUGUAUUGCUGUGAGGGUGGACAUGUCACGAUUCAAGAUUCAGGUGUUUGACAAUGGACAUGGAAUACAGAAGAAGGACUUAGAAACAGUGGCAGAAAGGUAUUACACAAGCAAGUGCCACACAGUGAGUGACCUGGACAACUUAUGUUACUUUGGAUACCGUGGAGAGGCAGUGGCCAGUCUGAGGGAAAUAUCAGCUGUGUUAGAGAUUGUCUCCAGAACCAAAGUCUCCCAAGUAUCCUACUGUAAGUUAUUCCAAAGUGGAAGUCCUCUGCCAGUAAUAGAAUCUACCAUCCCUCGUCCCAGUGUGGGGACUACCAUAACAGCUCACGACUUGUUCUACAACCUCCCUGUCAGGCAGAAACAUAUAAACCAGAAUCUGGAAUUAGAAAAGAUCAGGCAAAAGUUGGAGGCCAUUGCUCUAGUUCAAUCCAACAUCUCUCUUAGCUUGAGGAAUGACUGUACAGGACAAGUUGUACUGCAGACUCAGAAAACUAACUCCCUAUUGAACACAUUCACUCGUUUGUUUGGGACUGCCAAGUCAAGAUGUCUUUGUAAGUCGGAGGCCGAGAAUGAGUAUUUUAAGAUUCAUGCUUAUUUUGGCAAAGAAGGUAGUUCAAGAAAAGACCACCAGUUUGUCUAUGUGAACAAAAGAGUAGUUUUAAAGACGGAUGUCAGCAAGCUGGUCAAUAAUUUAUUGGGCAAGUCUCUCAUUGUAAAAGCCAAGACUACCUAUGCCAAAGCCCUAUUGGAAGAUAGCCCUACAAAACAUGUUGACAGAUAUCCAAUAUUUGUAAUUCUCAUUGAGUGUGGUCUCACAGAAUAUGACAUUACUUUUGAACCAGCCAAGACCCUUGUUCAGUUCAAGCAUUGGGAAUCCUUAAAAGAAAGUAUAGAGAAACUUGUCCAGUCAUUUCUUGUGAAAGAAAACUUAAAUAUAACCAAGGACCCUGUCAGUCCAAAGGAUAACUCAAGUGAGAAAGAAGUGUUUGAAGAGUCUCCAGACAUCUCAUCAGUUUAUACUAGUGAUAUAGGUGGAGAUAUUCACACAAACAAGAUUCAUGCUGGAAUGUCAUCCAAACUGGUGAGGAGAAAAAAGAAUUUUUAUCAUGAAGAGGACAUUGGAAUAAAUAGUAACUCUUCCUCUAUGGAUACUCAUAAAAAUGACGAUGCUUCCAUUUCUUCUACAAACCGUAAAGGUGAUUCAGUUGAGGAAGGGGUUGAAGGAUCUCAAUCUGUCUCUUUGAAAACUAAUACUCAAGAAUGUACUGAUGUUGAAAAUCCUAUUUUGGAUGUUGAGGAAGGAAAAUACUUAGUGACAUCUGAAAUCGAAAAUGGCAAUGAAUGUGAAAAAACUGAACAACAGCAUAAUGAGAAUGGACAAGAUGUUGCCACUGUGAAAUUCAAAACACCUGCGAAUGUCAAUACAAAGAGAAAGGACCCUCCAAGAAUCCAUCCUCAAAAAGUUCCAGACAGUCAAGUAGUUGAUGAUAUGGAAGAUGAUUCUCAGGAUUUUGAUGAGGAAGAUCCUUUUCACUUUCAAAGGUCUGAUUCCCUGGCUGAGGGGGAAAUUCCUGAUAAAAACACAAGGAGAAAUUAUAUUUGUAUAUCAACUCCACAUAUCAGUCCAGGUGGAAACUCAACACUGUCAGCAUUCAGGAAAAGUCUUCACAGUUCAAGGAAUGGGAGAAAUGGAAGAAUAGAGAAAGUGUCCUUGACAGAAAAAUUAAGACAGAGAAAGAGCAAGGAAAAAAGCUCUACAAGAAAAUCUCAUGAAAAAAAUGUGAAACACUCUAGUGUAACACCUGUUCCUAGUCAUGUUCCUGAAAAAGAUUGCUCAUUAAGAUCCAGGACUUCUCUUACAUCCUUUAGGAAAAAUUUACCUCAAAAUCAGCCAUCUACAGUGCAUGGUGAUUCUGUGUCAGAUCAUACAAAAAAUACCACUUGUGAUAGACAUCAACAUACUGGAGACAUUAGCACAGUGAUAGUGCAUAGCAGCAUCUCAAAGAAUGCCAACAGAAAAGCCCCAGAUCAGGAAACUGAAAGACAAAGGCUUUAUUGUGGAUCAUCUGAGGAAAAGCCAGCAAAUAGCAGUGGAAAUCAGAAAAGUGCCAUAACCAUUACUUGCCAAUCUUAUGACAGUGAUGUGGAAAAAUGUGAAACACAUGCAAGUGGAUAUGUUCUUCCCAGCACUACAGACAAUUCAGUGAGCUUAAAUAAUGUUAAUCCUUGUAGUGAUUAUAGUGCUAAAAAACCAAGUCAAAGAAUGGAAGAAAAUGUUAAAGCGUUGAUUCCAAAGGCACAGUCUUCAGAUCUCAUGUAUAAUGAUAAUGAAACAUCUGGAAUUGUUAAGGAUGCCUUUGAUGUACAUGCACGGAAAAGAUCAAACACUGAUAUUGCACAAACAACAGCAUCAAAACUGUCCAGAAUGGUUCAAAAUAGUGCAGUGUGUGAGUCAAAAAAAGGUGUAAACAAUGACAUUUCUUUAAAUAAACUUGAUUCUAGUCAGCCAAUGGAUAAAUGCUUCUCUAUGUUCUCUGAUUUGGAGGACUUGACUAUACCUGUUUCUUUGCAAAAGGGAUUUCAGCUGAAAAAUGAUAGCAGUUCAUCUGCGGAUAAAGAACACAACAAGAAUGGCACAGAAGGGAACUUAGUUUCUACUUCAAGCAUGUUGCAAAUAAUUCCAGAUUCCAAUGACACACAAACAGAGGAAGAAAGAGUUCUUGAACAUGCAUCUAAAAAUUGUAAAAGUAGAAUUAAUCUGGAAGACUUUGAGAUCAGGCCUCGAAGAAACAAUUUUUUGAAAUCAACACACAGCCAAGGUGUGUCAGUUGAAAAUAAAGAAGGGCCAUUCUCACAAAUGCAUUCUAAUUCAAAUAUUCAUGUGAAGGAUCCAUUUAUUAUGGAUAUAAAUGAUUAUCAGGAAAAUACUCAAAACAAUUCAGAGAAAGCAACAAAAGAUUUACACAGUUUAUUUGAUACUACAUAUAGAACUGAUAAUGCUCCACAAGAGAACAUGUCGGAUUCAGACUUUAAUCUAUUUUGUGAUGAAAGACUGGAGGAUCUAGAGACUUCUCCAAGGAGAGUGAAGAAUAAAAGAGAACUUAUGCAUCACAAACCGGAGACUGAAGAUUUCUGGCAUUUUGAUGAUUCUCAGGAAUUUAUUCCAACAAACUUGACAUUUGAUUCAGAUUUUUCAGAAGAAAUUCGAGAACCUAGUAAGAAAAAAUUAAAUCUUUCAUUAGUUGAUUCCAUAGGAUUCAGUUUCUCUUCAGUUAAUGGCAACAGAAGUGGAGAAAAUACUCCGACCACUCCUAACUCUGAACUUACCAUUCCAAAAUUUGAACAAAGAACUUGCUGCUCCCCAACGGGAUCAGAAGGAUUUUCUCCUAAUCUGAAUCCAGAUGAGGACCUUACUCCAGCUGAAUCCGCAAUAUUUACGGAUAAUCCAAGGACAAAGGAUGGAUACAAUGAACAGAAACAAAUCGAUUCUGAAAUUCCGGAGAGUCUUACUCUGUCCAGGAUCUUGAGAGAAGAGGCAGAUAAAACAGGAGACUGUGAGGAAUCUCCAUGCAGCUUUGAAAGUGAGGAGUUUUCCAAGUGGUUUUCUUUAGAAUCAAACUGUUCUUCAUGUGAGGAAAAUUCAAGAGCACAAAAUGAUGAUUUUGUGAGUGUACCAAAUGCUUCUUUAUCACAAACACAGUAUGGUGAGAAUUUUUCUUCACUUCAAAGCAAAAAUGUAAAUGAAAACGGUGACACAGAUUUGCAAAAGAAAGAUAAUAUGUCUCUACAAAAAGAGCAUGAUAUUACUGGAAACAAUAAUGAAAAGAAUUUGGAAUCCAAAGACCAAGAGGAGUCAAAUGAUAAAACUGGUGAGAAUUUAAUAUCAGCAGCACAAGGUUCUGAGAAUCCUGGUGAAUGUGUGGACUCAAGUCCUUGGUCAGAAGUAGCAGAUGAUGACCUCUUAAACAUAGAUCUUGGCAGUGAGAAACUUACAGGUGCGGAAAUACAGAAGACUUGGAUCAAAAUAACAGAUCAAAAGACAGGUAAAGAUAUUUUUGUAAACAGACAUACAGGUAACACAGCUACAGAUGGAAAUCUAAUUCCAGAUGAAGACAAGCAAGAUGACAGGAGUGGAGAGACUGGGCAGGCGUCACGGAGCAGAAGACCGGUGAAGAGGACCACGACCACCAGUCCCUCUAUAUUCUCCUCCAUCAGGACCAUGAUUGAAGAACACUUUGAUGCAGACGACGAGAUGUUAUCAGUCAAGUGGAAGGAUAAAGGACUAAUGGAAAGCUUCAGAGGGAGAAGUGUUGCAGACUUGUUCAAGGAAUGGGAAAACCCAGUGUUUCCUAGACCAGACAUGGAGGUGUUAAAUGCUGAGACACAGAAGGAAAGAACAUAUGGAGCCAGCAAAGCUCAGAGGUCACUCAAUCCAUGUACAUUUACAAAGGACAUGCUAAAAGACGUAGAGGUAUUGGGUCAAAUGGAUAACAAGUUCAUCAUUUGCGUCCUGAGAACAGAAAGUCAGUCUCACGGGUCUGGUUUAUUGGUGGUCUUUGAUCAACAUGCUGCCCAUGAGAGAGUACGACUAGAACAACUUACUAAAGAUUGCUACGAAAAUGAUGAGGGGAGACAAUUCAAGUCUUGUAUCCUGAGUUCUGAGGAGGAGCUUAAAUUGACCGAGGAGGACGUGAGAGUCAUGGAGGCCUUCAGAGGGGAAUUCCAAAGAAUUGGGAUUUGUUUCUCCAAAAGCAAGCUGUCUAGAGAUUCAGUAUUGAUAAAGGAAAUUCCAUCUUGUAUCACAAAGAAAGAAGAAAAACAGAGAGAGGGCAUUGUAAUCUUAAAUAUUCUCAAGAAUACCAUUACAGAACAUGUACAGUUUUUAAAGUCAACUAAAGGUGCCAAAGAUCACAUGCCACUGACCAUUCACAAACUGCUUUGUGGUUUGGCUUGCAGAGGGGCUAUCAAGUUUGGUGACCCCCUAACUAAGGAGGAGUGUAGGAAGCUGCUGGUAUCCCUCGCCCAGUGUCACCUCCCAUUCCAGUGUGCUCAUGGUCGACCAUCUGUCAUGCCGCUGAUUUUAAUGGACAAACUCAUCAAUAAAUAUACUCCUAGAAGGCCAAACCUGUGGAAAAUAGCCAAGAAAAUGCAACACAAGUAACUUAAAUAUUGAUUUUGCAAGUUUGAUGUAAGAAAUUUGAUUUUAGGUUAAAUAUUGGGUUAAUUGAUGUGACUUUGUCUAUAUUUUU